GUCAGCAUUGUACUAUCUUUAAUUUCAUGCCAAAAUCAGGAAAUGAAACCGAUUCAGCAGGACUACUUCAAAAUUUCAGGGAUUGAUGUAGUACCAAAUUAAAAGAAUAUGGAGAAGUCAAAACCAGAUUUUGAUAGACUGGAACUGGACCCCUUUUUGGGGGCCUCAUAUAAUAGAGACAGCUUAAAAAUUCCCUAACGUAAUGCAAUCUGGAAAACCCCGUGAAGAACAUUAAAUUCCCACAAUUUUUCUUUUUUUGGCAUUUAUUCCGAUUCCUCUCAUUCCCGUGAACCCAUAAAUCAGCCUACUUCAAUUAUUCACCCACCACCAUUCUUCAUUCUUUCUUCUGUCAAAUUCACCAGCUUUCCGCAUAUUCAAUCAAUUUCCAGAUUUUUUACCACCAUUUAUAAAAGCCCCCCACCCUUUCUGGAAUUCCCAGAAGGCAGAAACCCAAAAUCCCCUGAAUUCUUCACAAACAUUCCAAAAUGAACCUUUUUUCCUCAUUCCACAUUUCAAUGCUCCUACUUUUGGUGUCCAUCAUUCCUCCGGCCAAGCCAUUCACCGUGAUCAUUCCAGAUUCCGGCGUGCCCUCUGCCUUAGUUGAUGCACCGCAAACUGGAUUCAUAAACAGCAUUGGGGCUAGGACCGACGCCCGUGAGCAGGAUGCAGUCUAUGAAAUCAUGAGAGCCACCGGCAACCAAUGGGCCACCGACAUACCGGACGUUUGCCGGGGCCGGUGGCACGGCAUUGAAUGUAUGCCGGACAAAGACAAUGUGUACCACGUUGUUUCACUUUCUUUUGGUGCAUUGUCCGAUGAUACUGCAUUUCCGACUUGUGAUUCAGACAAGCCUUUUAUUUCUACGGCCAUUACUAAGCUUCCGCAUCUUCGGACAUUGUUCUUUUACCGUUGUUUCACUAAUAAUCCUCAGCCAAUUCCAGCGUUUCUGGGCCGGUUGGGAAGCAGCUUGCAGAGCUUAGUUCUUAGGGAGAAUGGGCUUAUUGGGCCAAUCCCUACUGAGCUGGGAAAUCUGACCCGUCUCAAAGUUCUUGAUCUUCACAAAAAUGAUCUCAAUGGUUCGAUUCCGGUUUCGCUUGGCAGGUUAACCGGUUUAAGGUCGUUGGAUUUGAGUGGAAACCGGUUGACUGGUCCAAUUCCCGACUUGGUCUUUCCCGAGUUAAACGUUCUAGACCUCAAUCAAAACCAUCUUGCUGGCUCAAUUCCGGUCAGGCUCAUUACAGGACCUUCACUUGGUAAGAUUGACAUGAGUCGAAAUUGUCUAUCUGGUCCAAUUCCAGAGUCAAUUGGAGGAUUACGGAAUUUAAUUCUAGUAGACUUGAGUUUUAAUGCUCUCUCUGGUCCACUUCCAAUAUCGCUCAAAAAUUCGAAUUCACUUCAGGCUCUUAUACUAAAUGGCAAUCCGACCGUGUCCACUACAAUUCCGGGUGACAUGUUUCACGGUCUAACCAACUUGAUGAUUCUAGUACUAUCGGAUAUGAAUUUACAAGGGAACAUCCCCGAGUCGCUCGGCCGGUUAAGUAAGCUCCGGGUGGUCCACCUUGACAAAAACAAUCUAAACGGUUCAAUCCCAUCAAGGUUGGGAGAACUCAAGAACUUGAGUGAACUAAGGUUGGACAAUAACCAAUUGAGCGGGCCUGUUCCAUUCAAUAGAGACACGGUUUGGAGGAUGAGAAGAAAACUCAAGCUCCAGAACAAUUUGGGCUUAUGCUACCACUCAAAAAAUGGGCUCGGAGAUGAUCUUGAUGCACUAUCAGAUUCCGGUAUCGGCCCAUGUGAGAUGAGCGAAAGUGAAACCAAAGCAAAAACCGUUCAGCAUGUUUCCAGCUCAAUUGAAGGGGUUGAAUUGAAGAUCAUCAAUUCAGGCACAAGAAGUGAGACUAAUAAACCGGCAUUUGCUAGAAUGCUGCUGCUACAUCUUGGGAGUUUUCUUCUUUUUGCAGCUUAUUUCUGGUAAUCAUAAGUAGUUGUAGUAGCAUUAACUGAUUAAAGUUUUGAUGUUGUUUAGUAGCAAAACGUAUAGGUUCAAGGAAGAAACUAGACAAAUGUAAUUCAUGGUCUAAUAGAUUGUAGUAAGUGUAGAAAGAAACUCUAUGGCAAAGGUAGUUGGUUCCAUAUCCUUAGUCUUUUUUUAUCUGAU